AUGUUAGACUUAAUAACUAGUUCAGAUGAGCCUUUAGGUAAGAUUAUUCAUUACUUUUGGCGUCGAGAGUACCAAUCUAGGGUUUGCCGUUUUGGAUUUCCUCGAACUGUGACGGAUUCUCUUAUCAUAAGAGACAUUUUUCAAUCUAUAGCGGCAAGAAAAACUCUCAGCUCUAAUAAUCGGCUCUACAAUAUUGUCCGCUCGAAGGAGUCAGAUAUGAUUAAUGACUACAAUCCCGCUUUGCUGUUGGCGUGGAAUGGAAAUAUUGACAUUCAAUAUGUUGGAGAGAAAACAGCCAUUUUGAACAAUUAUGUGACCAAGUAUACUACUAAAAGUGAAAAGACCCAUGCAACCGACAUGUUUAACGAUAUUAACUCUUCAAAAAGUCUUAGAAGCCGGUUAUAUAAUAUUGGUCUCAGAGUAUUAGCGAAUCGAGAAUGCGGAGCUUUAGAAGCCAGCGAUACAUUAUUGGGAAUACCACUUUACGGCACGGACCCACAAACAACAAUAAGAUGGUUAGACGUAAACAUUCAUCGUAAUCGCAGGGUUAAAUCGAAAUCUGAAAUGACUGGACUGGACCCGAAUUCCACUGACAUAUAUUACAAUUCUUGGAUAGAAUUACAAGACAUGAAUCUAUUAGACUUUUCGAAAGACUAUGAUUUAGUUAAUACACGGCCUGUUUCAAAUAAAGUAGAGUAUUAUGUUUUAGCAAAUAAAAAAUACUUAAAAAAACGAGAUAGACCAUACCUAAUUAACCAUUACCUGUAUGAUGUAGAGCAAAUGCCAGAAAAAUAUUUCUUUUCCUUGUUGUUAUUAUUUAAACCUUGGAGAAUACUAGAUGACCUAAAAAUGCAACAUGAGACAUACACAGAAACAUUUAAUGCUGUAAAGGACGAUUUACAAGAAGCGUUACGCUACGGAAAUUUACGGACUGAAUUACGAAAUAUUUUACAAACAGCUUUUGAAAAGGUAGAAGAAAAAGUAGCAGAACUAAACGAAGAAAGGGAAAACAUAGUAGAUGAAGGCCCCGACAAUCCUUUAGUGUUUGAAGCUUUGGAAGCGGUAAAUGCUAUGGAAGAUUUAAACAACUUUGAUUUAGUUGAAGCGGAUAUUUCUGAAAUGAAUGAGCAAGCAAUGAUAGAUAAACUGAAUUCUGAUCAAAAAAAAGUAUUUGAUACAGUCACUAAUAAAAUUACGAACAAAAAAGAAAUAUUGCGACAUUUUGUUAGUGGCACCGGUGGCACCGGCAAGAGCUAUUUAAUAAAAACCUUAAAAAUAUGGAUUAAAAACAACCUGCAUAAAAAUGUUGCUAUUACUGCCCCGACUGGAAUUGCAGCAUUUAACGUAAACGGAUUAACUGUUUACAGAUUACUACAACUGCCCGUAGAGCAUAAACAAACUCCUAAAUACAAACCGCUUUCAGACGAAGUACUUCAAGUUUUAAGGACAGACUUAAAAACUGUCGAAUUAUUUAUUAUAGAUGAAGUGUCUAUGAUAUCUAAUGUAACUUUAGCCUACAUAAAUCUUCGUUUAUGCGAAGUGUUUGAUACUUCUGAUGUAGAAGAUGGUUGGUUUGGAAAAAAACAUAUUUUAGUGCUUGGGGAUCUUUUGCAACUUCCACCCGUUAGAGCCUACAAUUGA